UUGUGUUGUUAACUGUUGCAAGAAUUUGAAGUCUGAGCGAUUGUUGUUAUUUGGCUUUACUUCCUCCAUCAGUCACUAACCGGCUGAUAAGAGAUUUUCAAUUUUCUCUUCCUCCUCCGCACUUAAUGAUUCGACGAGUGAUGGGUGAAGUGGACGUAAAGCAGGGCAUCCGCCAGACGCUGGCCAAAAUCGACGAGGCAUUCGCCAGGCGUUCGCAGACCAUCAAAGCCCCCAAACCGCUGCUGGUUGCUGUGAGCAAAACCAAACCAAUUGAUCUGAUUCUCGAUGGCUACUCCAUCGGACAGCGGCACUUUGGCGAGAACUACGUCCAAGAAUUGAUCGAGAAGGCAAACGAUCCGACAAUCUUGGAACAGUGCAAAGACAUCCGGUGGCAUUUCAUCGGUCACCUGCAGAGUAACAAGAUCAAUAAGAUUGUAAAUCUUCCAAACCUGCAUAUGGUUGAAACCGUUCACAAUGCAAAACUAGCGGAGAGUUUGAACAAGGCUUGGGAAAAGGUGAAAGCGGAGAAACCGGAAAAGCAGCAACUGAACGUCCUGAUUCAGAUCAACACCAGUGGAGAAGAUGAUAAAAAUGGAACGGAACCGGCCGAAGCCGUGAACCUGUACCGCUUCGUUACGGAAAAAUGCCCCAACUUGAACUGCCACGGCGUGAUGACGAUCGGUCGCUUCGGUCAUGAUUACUCAACCGGUCCCAAUCCGGACUUCAUCGAGCUGAUGAAGUGUCACCAGGACAUCUGCAGCACCUUCGAGCGGGAACCGGACGAUCUCCAGGUGUCGAUGGGAAUGUCGGACGACUUUGUCCAAGCGAUCGAGAUGGGCAGCACAAUCGUACGCGUAGGCAGUUCUAUUUUCGGAGCCAGAGCGAAGAAAAACGAAGCAUAGGAAUUUUUCCGCUGCCACCGCCGUCACUGCAAACUUUCUACCUACACACGCGCGUUUGGGUGCCAGCAGCCUGGGUCAGUGCGUGGGGGUUAGAAGGUGGAGGGUGUGGGGUGCAAUUGUUUAGUCACAGAUGUUGAGCUGAUUUGCCGACUUUGCUGAGUUUGCUCUGAGCUGACGAGUACGGCGUGUGGGAUACCUACUUGUUUGUUAUUUUUGUAUAUUGAAAGUAAAAUUGAAGAGAGGGUGUCACAUAUCGAGCGUUACGUUACUUUACAUUUGGGAGUUUUUUUUUCCUCCGCACGCCGUAUGGGUAAUGAAUGGGAUAUUGUGGAUUAAGUAGCUUGAAAAUAAAUUCGUUUAUUGCGUCAGUUGUUAA